AGGCCGGAGCCCAGUCGGUGGCGGUGCCCGGGCCCGUGGGCAUGGGCGAGGCGGAGGAGCGGCGGCUGCAGCUGCUGAAGGACACGGGAGACGGGCGGCGGAGGAAGAGGCAGCUGGAGGCCCUGGUCAGAGAGCUGGAGCUGGAGAGAGACCAACUGCGGACGGGCCUGGGCCGUGCCCGCCAGAGGACCAGGAGCCUACAGAGGAGGCUGCCCCAGACCCCGAGUCGGCCGAGGGGCGAGGCCGGCGACUCCGGGACCACCGACGCUGACCAUCUGGAGCAGUUUGCCCGGGCCCAAGGGUUCCGCCGUAGCCUGGAGCUGGAGCAGGAGGGUCUCCGGGCAGAGGAGGAGCAGCUGGAGAGUGAGCUCUUCUACUCGGCGGGCGGAGAGGACCCGCAGGACCCGAGCCAGAGGAGGCGGCUGAGCCGGCAGCUGCGGCGGCUACAGGGGGACCUCGAUGUGCUGCAGGCCCAGUGCGCCGGGCGGGAGGCCCGCAUCCACCAGGGGCGGCAACUGCGGGCCGAGGCGAUGGCCACUUUCCAGGAGCAGGCGGGGGCUCUGCGGGUUCUGCAGGCCAAAGUGGUGGAGAUGGCGAACGUCCGGGACCCCUCCCACGGCUCCGAGGAUCCCAGGGCGGAGCGGCCGCUGCCCACCCCCCGGGGGUCCCUGAUGGAGGAGGUGGUGCUGGUCAGUCCGAAGUGCUGGACCCCAGGGAGAGGAGGGGGCAGCCCGCUGACCGGACUCAGGGCGCUGUGCGGGCGGCUCCCGGUGCUGCUCCCGGUGCUGCUGCUGCUCCCGCUGCUGCUGCUGCUGCCGGCGCUGCCGCCGCUGUUGCUCGUGCUGAUGGGUCCGGGCCCGGGGCUCCCGCGCGCCCUGGCGCGCCGCCUCCCCCCGGCCGCCCUCCGCCAGCUGCGCUACGCCCUGUCGCCCGCCCUGGAGCUGCGCGCCCACCGCCUGCUGCCCACCUAGGGAGCCCCCCGACCCCCCACCCCCGGACCCUCCCGCAACGAGCCGCCCGGCGGCUUU